GCAAAAAGAGGAAGACCGCAUGCUAUGGUUGUUCGGAGAUUCUUCGAAUUCACGAUCUUAAAGUCAUAUGAUUCACAGCAAAUAUAGCAACAAAUAUCUCAAUUGGUAUUUUCCAAAGCCACGAAACGUGCAUUGAGUUUGGAGCGAUAUGUGAAGUGAAGAUUGAAGACGUGAUAGAAGAUGGACGACUACUGCUAUGCUAAGAUGGCGACGUCCGCUAAAAGAGAACAUGAAAGAGAAUCAACUUCCAGCAAAUCACCAACGGAGAUAAAGACGAAAGAUGAAGACGUCCAGCAGCUGAUCGGUAAUCCAGAAGAAGUUUCCCCUCAGUUAGGGGGGAGCUCCACUUUGAAGCAGGAGACUCCACAACCACCCUGCAUUAAAAAGGAAGAGGAGGAACUCUGCAUCACUCAGGAGGGAGAGUGUCUUCUAGGACGAGAGGAAGCUGAUUACACCAAGUUUCCACUGAGUAUUCUCUCUGUGAAGACUGAAGAUGAUGAAGAGAAACCACAAGUAGACAACCUCUUAGCUCCACUAUCAGAUAGUGAGGCUGAAGACGAGGUUGAAGAACCUUUGAGCAGCGAUAAAGACUGUGAAGGUGAUAUGAGGACUCACACUGACAACAAACACUCUGAAUGCUCUACAAAGAAGAGAGGUAAAACAUGUUUGAGCUGCUCAGUUUGUGCUAAAAGUUUUACUAAAAAGAGCCGUUUGACUGAACACAUGAGAACACACACAGGAGAAAAAACAUUUAAGUGUUCAGUUUGUUUCAAAAGCUUUUCUCGGAAUAGCAUUUUGACUGAACACACGAGAACACACACAGGAGAAAAAACAUUUAAGUGUUCAGUUUGUGGCAAAAGCUUUUCUCGAAAUAGCAUUUUGACUGAACACAUGAAAACACACACAGGAGAAAAAACAUUUAAGUGUUCAGUUUGUAGCAUAAGUUUUUCUCGAAAUAGCGAUUUGACUCAACACAUGAGAACACACACAGGAGAAAAACCAUUUAAGUGUUCAGUUUGUGGCAAAAGCUUUUCUCGAAAUGGCAGUUUGACUAAACACAUGAGAACACACACAGGUGAAAAACCAUUUAGUUGUUCAGUUUGUGGCAACAACUUUUCUCAAAAUAGCUCUUUGACUGAACACAUGAGAACACACACAGGAGAAAAAACUUUUAAGUGUUCCGUUUGUGACAAAAGCUUUUCUCGAAGUAGCAAUUUGACUAAACACAUGAGAACACACACAGGUGAAAAACCAUUUAAUUGUUCAGUUUGCAGCAACAGCUUUUCUCAAAAUAGCUCCUUGACUGCACACAUGAGAACACACACAGGAGAAAAAACAUUUAAGUGUUCCGUUUGUGACAAAAGCUUUUCUCGAAGUAGCAUUUUGACUAAACACAUGAGAACACACACAGGUGAAAAACCAUUUAGUUGUUCAGUGUGCGGUAAAAGGUACCCACAUAAUGCAGACGUAGUAAAACACACAAGAACACACAAGGGAAAAUAACCAAUUAGCUAUUUAGUUUGUGGUAUGUUGCUCAUAUGUGGUGACAUCCACCCUACCCAGGACCUCCUCACUGCUUCUUUCACAAAUAUCUGAGGUAUUCAUACAAACUUGGAUUAGAUGAAGCAUUAUCGUAUCUACUCAUAACCCCAUGUCUUCUCUGUAUCUGAAACCUUCCUGAACAGUAAGAUAGAUGAAGCUUCAAGUGCUUGGUUACUCCUUCUUCAGUCCAGGGACCUGGGGCCUCAUGUGUCAAGUUUGUGCACGCUCAAAAACCUGCACUACACCCUUUUUCACUGCAAAGUUGACAUGUAUCAAAACUGACGUUGACGCAUAAGUGAUGCUGGGUAACUGUUUGCAUAACAAACUGCCAACUUUUACUCCUCAGACUGAUUGAUGUGCAAAUCAGAGACAUAUGAACAAUUAACACCCACAACCCAACCCCCAUCUCCCUCGAAUGUCGAGAGAUGAGUUUGCGAAGUGUAAAAUUCAGCUGUAUUUUUAAUGUAAGAAACUGAUGUUCUAAAUGUGUCCACUGGAUGUUGUAAUAGCAAUUCUGUUAGGCAAGCAAAUAGCAUAGCAAGGAUACCAAGCAAGAGGUACACAGUAAAGCGGGGCUGUGACUCCUCCCCCUCCACCCAACGUAAAACAGGAGUAAAAUAAGCAAUCA